ACUUCAACCUUACUGGAACUGAAGACGCCACCGUUGAUUCCAUCUCGGGAAUUCCUCCGCUGCCGUCUGGAUAAGGAGAAGUGCCUUAGUGGAAACACCUCUUUCCCCCUCUCUCGUUUGCUGCCGCCAACAACUUUCCACUAGGGUUAGAACCCAAUCUCCAGUUGAGGUACUAGGCACCCGAUGUUCACCACAGGGAGGUGACAGUAGGUUACCAAAAUACGAGGAGAAACUAGUAACAGACCAUAACCUUACUUUUUACAUGCAUUUGGCUAAGAUCAGAAUUAAUGAUGGUUUUAAACAUCUUAUUCCUCUUACUCUCGCUCUUUUAUGUGGAGGCUAUUAGCUAUGUUAAACAUGUCCCCCUUUCAUAUUGUUUAUUCUAUUUACCUGUGUAGAUAUAUUGAUAUCAACAAAUUUCCAUAAUCAUUUCAUAUUUUGUCUCCCCCCAAUGUCUUAGUCGUGACCUACAAAAGCAUUUUAUGCACGUAAAUAACUUUGAAGGGUUGAAACCAAUUAAGCUUAAGUCAAAGAAGAAGAAGAACUCGCUCACAAUUCUCGUUUUGUACAAAAGCUUUCAUUCAAAAGCAAACAUUCCUUUGGCACAUUUACUAACCUUCCUAUACACGUCAACUUCAUUUUCAGUCUAAAGGAAUACACCAUGCUCCCAGUUUAUUAAAUUUAUUUACAUACAUACAUAUGUUUAGUUUAUAUUCAAGGUACAUAAGUACCUGCGAUAGGUAAAAUGGUACAUAUUUACCAAACUGACUGAUAAAUAAAGGAGUUCAUGAAAGAAACGCAGACACAACAUCUAUUUGUUUGUCCUACUUAUAAGAAGUCUUCAGCACCAUGAAGAGUACGUACAAGCACGAGCAACUAGCAGCUCGUUUUGAAAACAAUCCUGCCAACAACGACGAUAAAAACACAUAAAACGAGAACCAAUAUUUGGUAUCUUGUGUGAUAGUCACUUAAGUGACGUUGCAAGUUGGAGCGCCAAUUGAUAAGUGACUAAUCUGAUCCUUGAACUGUAAGAGAAAAAGUGUAAUUUGUAUUUUUAUACAAAACAUUAUAUAGUUUUCAAUAACAUAAUGUUUGAAAAUUAUUUGUUCGUAAUAAAUUAUAGCUCAAUUCAAGUUUAGCAUUCUUUGAACAUAAGGUUUUAUGUUCAUUAAAAAAGGAGAUGUUCUUUUUGAUAUCACCACAAAUCGUAUACCAACUCUAAGGAUUCAAAAUGUACGUUUGUAUAAUAUAUUUCUACAAAUAAUCUUGAUGAUUUCAAACACUACCCCUCGAACUAUAAGUAAAGUUUAUGAAGGAUCGAAAUGAAUGAAACUAUGUAGACAAUAAUACGUUUUCCUGAUAGUAUUCAAUGCUUUAAUAAGACUCAAGGACCUUUAGGAUUAAGGUAGUCAUAUUUGGCUGCAUACUGGCAAAAAUUGUAUUUGCGCCAAUACACUCGGGUACCUAAGCUGCUCUGGUACCGGGUACCUGGUACCGAAGGAUCUGCCUACCAUACUUGAUUUUGUGUUUUGCCUUCCUUAUGGGAAAAUGCUAUAUCUUCCUUUGGACUAGCAGUUUUGUUUUUGUUGUCAAGGAUAAAUUAUUAUCUGCGUGUUUAAAACUUAAAAUCUGUGAAGCACAAAGAUAAAACAUGGGGACCUUUUGUUAUGAUCAUUACGAGCAUCCACUUUUAUGGUGUGAAGAGAAAAAAAGAUUAAUGGAACGCAAAAAUGCCGAAGAAAGUAUGCGAAUGUGGCGACGCAAAAAAGCCGAAGAGAUGGCAAGAACUGAAAAAGACAAACAGGAGUACUACGACAUGUUUAUCAAACAUUGUCCUUGGGGACGACCUGGAGGGGGAGCACCUAACGUUGACGUACGCAGAAGGGACAUUUCCUCAAUUGGAUUGCACUCAACUCCAUCUAUAAGCGCAAUGCACCUUAACCGAAGCUCUUCGGUAUUGCUACCCUGUCGUCGCUACAGCAAUUACUUUUCACCGGGAAAAAGAAGAAAAUGUCACCGUUUGACCAUGACCGAAAUUCCUGACAUCUCCAUUGGCAAUUGUGAGGUGGCAAAAAAGUACGCAAUUAUUAACAAUACACCCUUGUCGGGCGAUGGCAAGGUUCACCACGAGAAACCAGAUGGCUUGCAAAUAAUAUUGAAGGAUCACCCAGCGAUGACAUUUAGAAAUAAAGGUCAUGUAGACAUUGAAGUAUGUUAUAAAUCCCUUCCCAAGGGAAAACAAACCUUAGACAAGAUAGUUGUUAAUAAAAAGGAUGAGUGUCCUUCGUCGACGACGUUGGGAAGAACAAGUAAAAAACAUCGAAACAAAGCGAAUGGACAAAACUGGGCAAAACCAGCACCAGGUGGCAAAUCUUGUUCAAUUCCAAAGGGGCAUGGAAGUUCGUUUAUGAGGUCCUUGGGAUGGACCAAUAAAGAGAUGCUGAAGGAGCUCGACCAAGAUAAUCCAGUUACACCAGCAGAAAAACUUACUUUCAAGAAGCGGCCAGUGAAAAAAUCUGAUAAAUGUUGUGCCGUGUGUACUUGUAAAUGCCCUGAAAAGGGAGGUAGUCCAAUAAAAACGUCUUCAUCUUCGCCGAACAAAGACUACGAAAAAAUUAAUUUAAAUCGAAAAGGAAACAAGAAUGAUUCAAAAGUAACGAUAUGCCCUCGUCUCUCCCGUAAUUGUACAAAGGCAUCAGACUAUCAUGAUGGUGGUGGGGUAGAAUUAGUUCCUCUCCUUGCGAGACGGCGAGCCGAGAUCCGUCCAAUCAGUCUAUCUAGUACGGAUGUUACAAAACGGACUUCAUCCGACAAUAGAUGGACGACCAAAGCAGAUCUAGAAUAUUUGAGCGAUUUGAAUAAACAAAUGUCACAAAAACGUCGCAGCUUUUCAAUGUCACAGCAAUUGGAAAAGGAUUUAUGCAGCAAGCAUUUUGAAACGUUUGAUACUUUUUGGGGAAGGCCGGGACAUGGUGCCCCGACUAAUAUAAGAGCUAAAUUGAAAUUGGACGAUUUGCUUUAUGGCGUGCAAAGCUGCACUGAGUAAAGCAAAUUAUGUCCAAUCUAAUCGAAUUGAGCAAUAUUAUUUAAAAACAGAAUUGAAAAUCACUUACUUUACCGACAUUAUGCUAUAGCUUAAUCGUUUUUGUUAAUAUAGUGGAACAAACUUGUAAAGAACCGUGAACUUGGUUUUAAUUUAUAUAACACACUUGGUAUUAGCAAAAUUAAAUGAAGUACGAGUACAUACCCCUCAAUUUAAACUUAAAUGACUAAGUACAUAAGUACAGUAGUCCAAAUUUUAAUAUCGUCUUAGUCACUUGGUCACAUUAACUUGGUGAUUUAUUUCAUUAUUAUUUUUUUUUUUUAUUAUUAUUCUUACUAUUAUUAUUUUUAUUAUCAUUUUUUUAUUAUUAUUAUUUUUACUUUUAUUAUUUUUAUUUUAAAGUUAUAAAGAUAACAUUCUGUUUUUUGUGUCUUAUAAACACAAACAAAAUGUUUUUUACCGAAUUUAAAAAUAAUAAAAGCACCAUUUUGUUCAAAUUUUAUCAUAAGUACAAGCCUUGUGGAAUGCUUUUUUUAUUAAUUAAAUUUUGUAAGGAAUUAUUUAAAUCACAAUUUGUUCAUAAUAGCCAAACUUUCUUUAAAAAAAGGCUAAGUCGAUAAAGCCAAUGAUAACAUACAAUCAUAUAAAAUUCGUUUGAAAUUUUUAAAAACGACUGCAAGGGUAUUAUAAUUACUACUGUGUAUUAAAAGAGCAUUUAUGUUUGUAUCCAAUUAUAGAUAUCAUUGAAAUAAUCAUUGAAUAUUUAUUUUUAAGCUUUAAGUUUUUUCAGACGUCACACUAUUUCGUUAGCAAACUAAGAAAUAAAUAUGUAUUUCAUAUUAUUUUGGUUCAAACAAUUUAUUCCAACUUUAAAAUUAUGUACAAUUUCAACAUUUCUUUUGUUUUGACAACAAUACAUUUUUAAAUGAAAAGCUUUUCUACUAUUUAUUAAUUUAUUAACAAAUUCGAAUGAUUUCUAUAAUAAAACUGUCAGCUUAAGCUAGCAUCUAAUUUAUUUUGCUUUAUCAUAAUACAAAGUCAAUAUUUUGCCUACUUGACAAGGAUGCAAGUUGAACAAAGUGGUAUAGGACAAAUCAUAUAGAAAAGAAAAGUGUUAUUAAGAGAUAACACAAUUAUGUAUGUAAAUUAAAAAUAUUAAUAUUUGUAUAAGAAUGUACGUUCCUUAGAUGUAAAUAAAUACAAAAAAUAGUUGUCGGAA